UAAUUAAUUAUUAAUUAAUUAAUUAUAGAAGAAUAACCCAAACCCAAUCAAUCACAGAGAAGAAGAUCGAUUCCGAAGCCCCACAUACCAUUUGUUAUUCAUAUAAAAACUCGUUUUCCUUCUCCAUUUCUCGUCGCACCUUUUCCUCUUCUCUCUCUCUUUCUCUCUUUCUAGUUCGUGUUCUUCGUCGCAAAUCCGAAGUAGGAUCUCUCUUGUUUUUUCUCUAGGUUUUUCGCGAUGGCGUCGAAGCGAAUUUUGAAGGAGCUUAAGGAUUUGCAGAAGGAUCCUCCAACAUCUUGCAGUGCCGGUCCUGUUCAUGAAGAUAUGUUUCAUUGGCAAGCUACAAUUAUGGGUCCUCCAGACAGUCCCUAUGCUGGAGGUGUUUUCCUAGUGACUAUUCAUUUCCCUCCAGAUUAUCCCUUUAAGCCACCCAAGGUUGCAUUCAGGACGAAGGUGUUCCACCCAAAUAUAAAUAGCAAUGGAAGCAUUUGCCUUGAUAUAUUGAAGGAGCAGUGGAGCCCUGCUCUAACCAUUUCCAAGGUGUUGCUCUCAAUUUGUUCCCUGUUGACGGACCCAAAUCCUGAUGAUCCUUUGGUCCCCGAAAUUGCACACAUGUACAAGACAGACAGGAACAAGUACGAGUCAACUGCAAGAAGCUGGACCCAGAAAUAUGCCAUGGGCUAAUUGACAUAGAGAAGAGAGCGAUUUUUACUUUCAGUGUUUAGGCCAAACAGCCUUGUAUGAAUAUUUGUGGUCUUCGAUUAAGGCCCCUCCAGUUGAAGAUGAAUGGGGAAAUAUUUCUUCUGUUGUCUGUAUUGCAGAAUGCAAACGCUACUUUUAAAACAGUGAAAUGUAAGCCCAAUUAAAAAGUUUAAAAUUUUAACCUUGUAUUGACAGUAUUGUCGAAUAUUUAGAGAAUGAUUGGUUUGCUCUGUUAUUCUGUUUUAGUUAAUAAUUGUGAUUUGUGAA